GCAGCUCGAAGGUCAAAUAACUGUAUGUGUGUGUGUGACAGGAAUCUACCUGACCAACAUCCUGAAAACGGAGGAGGGAAACCCCGACUUCCUGCACAGACACGGCAAAGAUCUGAUCAACUUCAGCAAGAGACGGAAAGUGGCCGAGAUCACCGGAGAGAUCCAGCAGUACCAGAACCAGCCGUACUGUCUGCGGGUGGAGGGUGACAUCAGAAAGUUCUUCGAGAACCUGAACAAUGGGCGACCUGUCGGAGAAGGACUUCAGUGAUUAUCUCUUCCACAAGUCUCUGGAGAUCGAACCUCGUCAGCUCCGAUCGGCUCCUCGAUUUGCGAAGAAGUACACCUAUCCUCUGAAGUCUCCGGGGAUCCGACCCACUUCGGCCCGGCCCGGCACCAUGAGACAUCCGACGCCGCUCCAGAACGAGCCCAGGAAGAUCAGCUACAGCCGCAUCCCGGACAGCGAGUCCGAGGGGACGCCGGCCUCUGCCCCCAACUCUCCCCGUACCCCCCUGACCCCGCCCCCUGCCUCCGCCGCCUCCGCCGCCUCCAGCUCCACAGAUGUGGGCAGCGUGUUUGACUCGCCGCAAGGACCCAGCAGCCCAUUCCACUCCACCUGCGACAGCAUCUUUGCUGUGGUGUCUCUGCCGCACGGCCCACGUUAGUAUGACUUUCCUGACUCUCCGUACGCCUGCUCCACAGCUCACCUGCGCCCCACACAUCACACCUGUCUGUCUCUCACCUGUCUCAGUGUGUUUCAGGUUUCUGUUCCAUUGUUAUUGAUUGCUCAUUGGUAUAGAGGAUAUUGAUUAGACUUCCUGUUGUGUCUCACCUGUGCAUGAUGUCACACCCAUUGUAUUAGUUUGUCUCCAUAGAAACUGGCAGCUGUGUUACUGUCUCUGCACCGGCCGAGAUGAAAGAAGGCGUCAGGGAAGUUCAGUGAGUUCUGAUCCAGCGGCUCGCUCGGACUCUGGCGUCUCUUGUUUCGGGCAGCAGUUGUAGUUUGAUGCGUUGGCAGGCUGAUGUUGGGCUGCGUAAACUGGGAAUUUUCCUCAUCCCCAUCACCCUUGGGGAAGGAGGGUGCUCUAAGGUGGGGGAGGUAGCUCAGGUCAUCUACUAAUCCAAGGUUGGUGGUUCGAUCCCUGGCUGCUCCAGGCUGCGUGCUAAUUAUCCUUCCAAGAUACUAAGUUGCUCUCUGACGCAUCCAUCGGAGUGUGAAGGCCAGAAAAAAGUGAAAGAGGCGUGCUGUAAAAAGACUGGAGUCCAUUUUCCAGCUGGAUACAGUUGGACUCCAGCGUCUCGUGGUUCAGGCAGCACACGAUGGCCGAGGU